AUGUCAUCAUCAUCAUCAUCACCAAGUCUCCUUCAGAGACUCAAAAGUGCAUCACCUCCACCCACGCCAAACACUGAUCACACAACCACAAUAACAACGUCAUUGACUGUCAAUGCUCACACUGAUGUACAAUCACCACCACCACCAACACUGAGCACAUCGACCAGCCGAACAGAGUCCUCCUCGUCAUUAUCAUCAGCAGGUGGAAAUUUGCAAAGACAUAACAGCAAUCAAUCAAUUCGUUCCGACGACUCUUAUGAUUCACUACUCCAUCAGCACCCACAACAACAACAACAACAACAUCAACAUCAACAACCACAGAGUCCCACUCAUCAUCAUCAUGACCUAGAGGAUGCAGACCUAGAUAUUAUGUCCUCUGGACACUCUUCUCCAGGUUCACCCAUAGCACACUCAUCAUCAAUUCACGUCAGUGGUAGCAGUGACAAAAGACAGCUCAAAAAGGAUCAGGCCCAGAACAUCUCCAGUCCCAGCCUAAUGCGCUCGCCUAUUCAGUCUGACAGUGAUUCGUCUCUGUUGGGUUCACCUGCUUCGUCGUCGGCAAACACCAGCUACCAAAAUCUCUCAGCACUGGACAGGAUCAAGAAGAAAGCGUCACUCCUGCGACCGCCAGAUCUCCAUCUGUUUGGCAAGUCAAAGUCAAAGUCAAAGUCGGCCAACAACAACAAGAAGAAGGGACAUAACUCUGCGCGAUUCGAUGUGGACACUGAGAUAUCCAUGCCGUACAGCGUCAUACACAAGAUGCAUGUGGACUUUGACCUCAAAUGGACUGGCCACAAUGACUUUGUUCUCAAUGAGAAGCUAGGCGAUGGUGCCUAUGGAUCAGUGUACAAAGGAACACACAGGGAUCUGGGAUUCACACUGGCCAUAAAGGUGAUCGAGAUGAAGCAGGAGGAGACGCAAAAGUCGCUCCAGAACGAGAUCAACAUCCUCAAGAAUUGCAAGAGUCCAAAUGUUGUCUCUUACUUUGGUUCCCUCCAACAUGAGGACAAGAUAUGGAUAUUGAUGGACUUUUGUGCACUUGGUUCAAUCAGAGAUAUUAUAGAGUCAACAGAGAAGACGUUGAACGAGUCACAAAUAUCCUAUGUUAUCAAGAACACACUGAAAGGAUUGAUAUACCUUCACAAUCAAAAUAUCGUACAUCGUGAUGUAAAGGCAGCCAAUAUCCUUCUGAAUGAGGGAGCUCAGGUGAAGAUUGCUGACUUUGGUGUUUCUGAGAAGCUCACCUCGAUGGAUGACCAAUCACAAGAGAUGAUAGGAACUCCUUUGUGGAUGGCACCCGAGGUAAUACUCAAAAAGGCAUAUGACUACCAGGCCGACAUUUGGUCACUCGGCAUCACAAUCAUUGAGAUGGCAGAUGGUCUACCCCCACACAUGGAGAUGAAUCCAAUGAGAGCAAUGAAGAUGGUUCCAAUAUGGCCAUCACCAACGUUUUCUGAGCCCAAGAAGUGGUCACCCGCUCUCAAUGACUUCCUAGCCAAGUGCUUGUGCAAAGAUCCUGACAAGAGACCCUCGCCAAAAGAGCUACUGAGCCAUCACUUCCUCAAGAAGAAGAGAGGCCCCGAGGUACUCGGUGACCUUGUACACCAGGUGUUGCGCAUAAAGAAGAAACAACACGACGAGCAGAAGAAGCAACACCUGUUGAACCCUGCACAAGAGACUGUCAAGAGUGAAAAGAGCGACAAGAGUGACAAGAGUGACAAGAGUGCUAGUAGCGAUGGUUCAAAAGAGGACGUCGGUACUGAUCACCUUGACAAGCUGGUCACCAAGAACAACACUGCAUUGCUUGCCACUGCCUCUCGUGGCACUAUGGUGUUCAAGGGUGUAUACUCAACCUGCCACGAAUAUGAGGAGGACUCAGAGGAUGAUGAGGUCGACGCUUUCAGCACCACAGUCUUCCACGCCGAGAAGCCAGACGUCAAGGUGGACGUUGGAGAUGGCGCUAGUGAAGAGAACGGUAGCGAUCCAGAGUGCUCCGCUACUGGUACAAUGGUCUUUAGAAAGCCUGUAAGGAAGGCAACUCACUCCCGAAGCAAGAGCACAUCAGCAGCUUUGGCAGGCAGUGACCCGAUGCGAACUCUGGUUUCGGCACCAACCAAGCCUUUGCCACCGUUGCCACCCUAUAGCAGCCAGGAGAGGUUGUUUGUUCCCACUCAUCUGGAAGAGGCAAACAACUUUGUACUAUUAACAAAUCAACAACAACAUCAACAACAACAACAACAACAACAACUAUCUAGUGAUAGUCUUGGAUUGUUGUCAACUAGUCACCUAUCAUAUGGAAUCAAGGAGCAGAUGGAGUCGAUGGAGAAUAACAUACUUCAAUACGUUGACGCCAAGAACUCUGAGGCGGUUGAAAACAUCAAGGAGCACAUAAAUGGAAUGGAAAGGACACUGGUCUCGUACAUCAAUCAAGAGCUUCAGAACAUGUUGACAAUCUUCACUCUGAAACUUCAGCCCUUGGUAUCAUGUCUGGAGGAAAUGAAGAGUAGAGAUCAGCAACAGCAGCAACAACAGCAACAACAACAACAACAACAACAACCAUCACCUCCAAAAUUGGUCAAACAACAGUCCUUUGUUGCAAAGCAUGCAGUUAUUGUCGAGAAUGAGACAUCAAUUGAGAGAAGAAGGAGUUCUUCUCCUAUACAGGUGGCAACCACGCACCAAUUACCACCAAAGUCCGCCAUAACACCAAACAAAGCCACGCUCAUCCCAUCUCCAAUAUCUGUUGGCGAUGACAUCUCCAGCCAAACCACACCAUCAAUGGCUUCCCAGGGCUUCAGGCCACUAUCAGCUCCAGUCUUGCAUGAUGGCUCGCCUGCUCAGAUUACCAACCAAAGGACAUCAGCACCAGUUCUUGGAAGAGCACCUAUUAUUCCAUCAAUUUCCUCCUCCUCUUCAUCGCCAACACAGAUACAACAUUUGUCCGAACCAAAUCAACAACAACAACAACAACAGGUGGGCAGACAAUCGCCAACACUUAAGCGUAUGGCAUCUGCAUCCAAAAUCCAUUCCCUCUCGGCGUCCUAUGAUCCAAACAGCCAACAGACUGAACGACGAUCAGUUUUUUUCCACGAUGCUCAUAUUGACAUUGACAAACAGUUGGUCACCAACAAACUCAAGUUGUUCGAGGCUGGAACUGCUACUCCGUCCACUUUAUCCGAUCAAUAA